AUGCUAUUACAAGAACUCUGGCUACACAAAAUCAAUUGGGACGACCAACUACCGUCUCAAAUUGUAUCACGAUGGUUCAUCAUCAGAGAAGAUCUCAAAGGUUUGGCCAAACUGACAAUUCCAAGAUGGUUCAACACAUGGAACAAUUCAACAGUAGAAAUUCAUGGAUUCUCUGAUGCUUCUCAACUUGCCAUGGCAGCAGUGAUUUACAUCACUGUUAGCUCUCCGUCCAACAACUCAAUGACGUCACUUGUCUGUUCUAAGACAAAAGUUGCACCACUGAAGAGGCUCACGAUACCCAGAUUGGAGUUGUCGGCCGCACUCCUACUGGCAAAACUCACAAAAUAUGUUCAAUCAACGCUCAAGGUGAAGAUCAAUGCAACGCACCUGUGGACGGAUUCUCAAGUUUCGCUCAUAUGGAUCAAAUCGCAAGCAUCACGUUGGAAGGAUUAUGUUCUGAACAGAGUCAUUCAGAUCCAAGAACUCACUCCAAAUGCGCAUUGGAGGCAUGUUCCAGGUACUUCUAAUCCAGCCGACUGUGCUUCCCGAGGCAUUUUGACAGAUCAACUUCAACGAUUAGAGCUUUGGUGGAAAGGUCCUCCAUGGAUGGCUCGAAAUCAAGAUCAUUGGCCAGAGCAAAAGGAAUUCUCAACUUUAACCAGCGAGCUAGAAGUGAGACCCAAUGUCUCACUCUUUGCCUCAGCUCAAAAGCUAAGUUAUCAUUGGGAUCUCAUUUACAAAUAUUCAUCUCUUAUUAAGCUGUAUAGUCUGACUGCACUUUGUUUCAGGUUUGCCUCACCGCUUAAGAGAAUGCUCGAAACUCCUCCCGUGAUCAUCAUACCAUCCUGCGACAUGGAGACGGCGCAGCUCUUUUGGAUUUAA